AUGUCAUUGAUUGCCCGCGCGGCUGCGGCCGUCAAUAUCGAUCUCGGCCUCGACGGCGAUGGAGCAGCUGGCUUCUUGGCAUCGCCGCUCAAGGGCCUCGAGGCUUCGAACCCCAUAAAGUCCGAGAUUUUUGUCAGCAUUGCCAUGCUCAUCUUUGCGCUCAUCACCCUCCAGAUCCUGCGCUUCUAUCUGCCCUUGCGCUCGACGCCUGCCUACCUCAUCGUGCCGGUUUUCUUUGCUCUCUUUCUGCCCGCCAACAUCGUCCUACUCGUCCCCAUCGACCUUGCUUCCAGUGCACAGACCGACGAUGAGGCCACCCGUGGCAUCUGGCUGCCACAGACCAUCUUGCGUGUGUCCUGGCGCAUCACCUACUGGUUGACCUUUGUCUUGACAUGGUUCAUCCUUCCCAUCCUCGCCGAAUACUCGGAUGCUGGUUAUCGCGCCCCCAAAGACCGCAUCCUCUACUCUCUCCGCUCCAACGCCCAGUACCAUGCCAUGGUGUUUGGCAGCGGUAUUAUUGGGCUGGCGUACGUCAUCGUCAUGUACGGCUUCUCCGUCGACUCCCUCAAGGGCCUCGUCAUGGCCCUGGCCUACGUCUGGGGUUUGGUCCUCGCCAUCUACCUUAUGGGCCACGGCCUCGUCGCAAUCCCCCGGCGCCUGAUCCGCACCGCCACCCCGAGCCGCCGCCUCCGCCGUCUGCAGAGCCAAGCACCGAAGCUGAACGAGAAGCUGGAGGAGUCGGAGAUGGAUCUGGAGGAAAUCGAACUGCAAGUCGUCGAACUCGGUCAGCGCAAGACUGGGUCUGCGCUCGACUACCGCGAGUGGAUCGAGGAGAUCAACGAGGGCAUCAGCCUCGCCGAUAGCAACACACGAACAGGCGGUACGGGCAUCGGCUCGCGCACAUCCGCAGCCUCCGCCGACGACCGGAUCGUGCCGACGGUCAUCACCAAGAAGUACAUGGCGGACUUGACGCGGCGUCUCGUCCGUGCACGCCACGCCCGCUCUCGCUAUGCGAGCGAGUGGAGCUACUUGCUGCAGCGGUACUCUGAGACGCAGGCCGUCCUCAACUCGGCGACUCACAAGCGGCUCGAGCUCCCCAAGCCCAAAGCCACCGACACUCUUUGGGACCGCGUGUCCAUCCUUUCGCCUUACCAGCGCUACCUCGUCUACUACCACGUGGUGCCCCUUGCCCGCAUGUUGUUUGGCGUUAUUCUUGCCCUCGCCUCCGCCUGCAUUGUCUGGUCAGAGUUGGUCAAGGCGGCGCUGCCCGAAGCAUCCGUCAUUCGCCUCACCGUCGUCCAUCACUGGACCGGCGACAAGGGCCAGGUGGGCUUCGCAGGCCAGCUCAUUGCCACGGGAUGGAUCUUAUACAUGUGCGCCGCGGCCCUGAUAUCCAUCACCGAGGUCAAAGUGUGGCGCGGGCGCGCGCUCGUCAAGCGCAACACCGCCCACGAGUCGGCGUUCUGGUACGCGUCGCAGGUGGCACGCCUCAGCAUUCCGCUGUCGUACAACUUUAUGACGUUCCUGUCUUCGAGCAUCUACAAGAAAACGGUCUUCUUCAACUUCUUAGGCCGCCUGAUUACUUUCACGCGGCUGGGCACCUGGUUCGACUACCUGCUGCCCACGUUCAUUCUGUUCCCCGUCCUGGCAACGCUGUUUGGCCUGUACGGCCGCGUGCGGCGCUUCUUCGGCUACGGCACCGAGUUUGGCGCGGACGACGACGAGGACGAGGAUUACGACGAGGAUGGCCGCCUGCGCAACUACGGCACGGGCUCGUGGCGUGAGGGCCGGGACCUGCUCGAGCGCGAGCUCAACGGCACGUCGAUUCGACAGCGCCGGCAGGAGGCUGCCGGUCGUUUAGGGGCAGGCGAUACCGCCGCGGGGGGCCGCCAUGGUCCCGUCAUGGUUGUCCCUGGUGGACGCCGCAAUGGCCCUGCCUAUGAGGACGACCCUGAAGACAUCCUGUCGUCGUCUGAAGGUGCCAACCCCACGACGCCGUUUGCCGUAUCGCCGUCCAGCUCGGGCAUCCUACCGACGGCACCGAGUGCGCGGACAAGGACUCUUGGUACUGCGGGCGGUGCAUCCUCAUCCUCGGGUCGGAGACAGAACCAGGCACAGCAGCGGCCGUACUACGACGAAGAGGACGAGGAAGACGAUAACAUCUUCCAGCAGCUCGGCCACCGCAUGAAGAACACCAUGGGCACGAUCGAGGCGCCCAAAUGGUUCCAGGAGAUUGGACAGGGUUUCAAGAAGCCCAAGUGGAUGUCCGGCGACAACGAUGACGCUGCCGGCAGCAGUAGCAACAGCAAUGCACCAGCGCCCGCAAACGACAACGGCAUCCGAAGGUGGUUUGGAGGCAACAACGAAGGUCGGAUUCGACUGUAG